AAUAAUUAACUAGAGUUCUCUGGACUUUAUCUUAAAAUCUCACUUCUCUCAACUCACUCAGUCGUUGCUGCUUUCCAAGACAAAAUUUCAGCCAUGGGACAAGGCGAGGAAUCGAAGACCAAAACUGAAUCCAACGUUCAAGUUCAGGAAAGAGGUGAAAUAUUCUUCUUUUACCGACCAAAAGUUGGCAAACAAGAAGCACAUAACCCCAACGAUGUCCAACGCUUAUACAUCGUACUCCGUCCUGAAUCAGGCGAACAUUCCAUCGAAGUCAAACAAGAUCCUCAUUCCGGCAAAGAAGGUAAAGAACUCGGUUCCCACAUAGACCCUGAAAAACCCAACCGUGACAUUUCCUCCGAUAAGGAGAAUUCGGGCGCUGAAGGAGGAAAUGGUAAGCAAGAAGUUAAUAUUGAAAAAGAACCUUUGCUUCGAUUCAUUGUAAUGGGGAGGAAAAGUCUACCUGAUCCUAGUAAGAAAACAGGGCACCGUCCUUACUGGGGUUUCGUCGAAAUGGUAACGACGAAAAUCGACGAUGUAAAAGCAGCUCUAAAGGGUGAAGAAUACGACACCUCAACUAGAGGACACCGUGUAGUUGCCCCAGCUAGAGCUGUAGGAGAAGGAAUUUAUCGAAUAUUGAAGCAUAAUCCAAAGAAGAGAGUGCAUACUCAUUUGGUUUACAAGCUUGAAUUUCCAGCUGAGGAUGAGAAAAAUGAACCUCAGGAGGAGUUGAACAUAAAGAGAGAAGGGUCAUUUCUGAUUCAAAUCAAGAACCCGGAACAACAUGGAAGUGGAUCGCAGUUUAGGGGGCUGCAAAAUAAGAGGAAAGCGACAUUUCCAGCACAUUUGCAAGGUGAAUUUGGGCACUUGAGGUAUCAUCCAGCGGACCCACCGGAUUUUUUGAACUAUGAAGGAUGUGAGUUUUUGCUGAUAUCUGCUUCUAAUGAUAUAAAAGAGGAGUUGGGAUUGGAACUGAAGACGGAAACUGAAGGAGAUGAAGAAGCAGAGCAUGAACAUGAACAUCAUCCGUCUUGUUCGGAUUUGGUCAGGACUUUUGGUGAAACUACUUCAAUUCGUCCUCUUCUGAGAGGCACUUGGGUUUGAAACUUGGAAGUCUUAGCUUAGACUAAUUAUGUAGUAUAAGUUUUUAGAUGUAGAAGGGUACUCCGUAAAUGUUAGGACUUCUGUAGUAGUAGUUAGUAACACCCUCCCUAAACUUUAAUUUUGCGUCGCUGUAAAUUAGAACCUUUAACAAGUUAAUUCCAUGCGAUUACUAUUUUGUGUUCA